AUGUCGACGGGAGAUGCCACGGCUGCGGCCAUCGUUGAUUUGGAGAUACCAGAAGCAACUCAGCGUUUUCAAUCAUUAUGGAACUCAACAUUUGGUAUGAUCCAAGAGCGCAACCGUCUAGCGCACGAGCUAGAGACAUCGGCAGACACACAGGAUCAUGCAUUUCUGCGGACUUUUCCGUACUUUGCGCGCAACAAAUCCAUUAUGAAGCACAUGUGCACACUUAUGCAAGCGCUUGAUACCUGGAAGAAACGUGCAUCGGCUUCGGACUCACGCGUACCGACGAUGGAGCAGUUAGAUGCGUGGACGGCCACCGUGGCGCAGUUAUUAGAGCUUCUCUCAGAGACAGGUCAGACCAUGAAUGACCCUCACGGAUCGGAGAUGGUACAGGAGCUGCGUUCUAAAUACCCCUCUGCUCUCGAGGCGCGCAAGAAGAGUGAAGACCACGGAUCAAGAUUGGACCUGAUUCAGUCGAUGGCGGACAUACCAACGUCCAGGUUCUCUACGUCUCAAGGCAAUUAUGCUGAGCGCGAGGCGUCGGCACUUUUUGCACAAAAUGAAGCAUGGAAUGAUCAGGAACGGCACUUGGAACAACUGAAUGCCUCUAUUUCGCGGCAGCACAAUAUUAGUCUUCGCAUGAAUGAAGAAUUAGAACUCCAGACCGGUAUCAUCGGCCGCCUCGACACGGAUGUCGAGUCGACUGGAUUACGCCUCGGAGGCGCCAGCACUCGGCUAGAACGUUUUCGUGAGAGUGUGAAAGAACAUGGAUCUCUAUGGACGAUCUUUGUGUGCAUUGUGAUUUUAAUUUUGCUGAUUGCAUGGGUCAAAUAG